AUGCUCCGCCGCGCCCUCCUGCGCUCGCGAUCAUCGAUCGCGCUCAACGCAUCCCGCGCGCUCGCACCGUCGUUCAAAGCGCGCGCGCUGUCCACCGACGACGACGCUAAAGCCAAAACUCGCGCGCAGGCCGAGGCCGAAGCCGCGAAGAAAAUCAACGCCGGCGCCUCCCCGCUCUUCUCCUGGACCGAAGUCGACGUCUCCAACGCAGACCGAACCAUCCCACGCUGGCAAAACGCCGCGUUCGUCGUCGUGGUCGGCGCGUUCUUCGCGUACUUUGGGAACAAGUUGACCUCCCGCGCCGGUCGUCGCGCGGCGCGCGGCAUUCGCGCGGCGGCGACGGACCCGGCGACGAAGAUAUCCUUUCCGGACACCAACUCCGCGGGUUUAACCGUGCUCGGCGCCGGAUGCCGCGUCAAACGCGUGGCGAUCAUCGAUGUUAAGAUUUACGCGUUGGCCAUGUACGUCGACGCCGACGCGGCGCGCGCGCAAAAGGGAAAAGGGUUGCUGAACGGCGAUUAUGACAAGGAGCUCGCCAUCGAACUCGCGCGCGACGUCGACGGUAAAACGUUCAUGGAAGCGAUGGAUGAAAGCCUGGGACCGAGAAUCCGAGAGAUCGCGACGAACAUGGCGACCGCAGAGGAUGAGGAUGGGAACUUCAUGGCCAGUGUGGCUGAGGCAGCGGAAAAGGCGGAGGAAGCGGCGGUGGACUCACUUGACGCCAUGCGCGACGGGUUCUCUUCGCUGAAACUGAAGCAAGGGACGAAGAUGACGAUCACCUGGACGUCAAACGGGUGCGCCAUCGCGGUCGCGGGCGCGGCGAAGAUGGAAUUUGAGUCGGCGGAAUUCGCAAAGGCGCUGUUGGACGUGUAUGUGGGCGAAGGCCCGGUGGCGCCGGCUGCGGCGCAGACGUUCGAAAAAGGAUUGGCGGCGUUGUAG